GAUCAGAUUUACGAGACACAAACAACACUUCUACAAGUGUCUGCUGAAGAGUGCAAGCGAAGGAGGCGGCGCUUAGGAAGAUUUAUCCAAUAAUCAAUUCAGCCGGCUCGACGCCUUGGAGCACACGUCAUUUUGCUUGGUGCUCUCUUUCGCUUGCGCUCGCCGCGCACUUUCAUACAGAAUGGGGAAUCUCCCACACGUCGCAGCAGAAGGAACUGCUAGCCAGACGUACCCUGAGUCUAGGGUUCUUCUCAUCAUUACCGGUGGCACAAUAUGCAUGCGGCCAUCGGCUGGUGGGCUGGUGCCAGUGGAUGGCUUUCUCAAGAAUGCUAUGGCGCCCCGCCCAUCAUUCAAUGAUCUAUCAGAGAGCGUACUCCUCAGCGCUGUGCAAGAUGGUAAGAGCGUGACAUUGCCCAGUCUCCGCACACCACCUAGCUCCUAUGCGCGUCACAUCCGCUACGCAGCCAUCGAGUUCUCACCCUUGCUGGACUCUUCGUCGAUCAGCAGCGAGGGCUGGACAUCGAUCGCGUCGGCGAUCCGCGCUAACUACCACCUCUACGACGGGUUCGUGGUGCUCCACGGAACCGAUUCUCUCGCUUACUCGGCGUCGGCCCUCUCCUUCAUGUUGUCGGACCUCGGCAAGCCCGUGAUCCUCACGGGUUCGCAGGCCUCCAUCUUCGCGUUGCAGUCUGACGCUGUAGACAACCUGCUCGGCUCCCUCAUCAUUGCAGGCACCUUCGUCAUCCCUGAGGUGUGCCUCUUCUUCCACCACAAGCUGUACCGCGGCAACCGGUGCACCAAGGUGUCGGCGAGCGCCUUCGAGGCCUUUGCGUCGCCCAACUGCGACCCGCUCGCACGCGUGACGAGCCUCGGCGUCGAUGUCAACUGGGGGUUAGUGCUGCGGCCGACGACGAUCGCACGCUUCGACGUGACGCCGCACCUCGACACGGCGCAUGUCGCGGCCCUGCGCAUCUUCCCGGGCAUCAAGCCUGAGAUGGUCGAUGGCGUGCUGCGCGUACCACACCUCCGCGGGCUCGUGCUCGAGACAUUCGGCAUGGGCAACGCUCCCGCCGGCGUCGACGGUAGCCUCACGCGCGUCAUUCGCAAUGCCGUGGAGCGCGGCAUCGUCGUCGUCAACGUCAGCCAGUGCACGAGCGGCUUCGUCUCGCCUCUCUACGCGCCUGGUUUCGCGCUCGGCGAGGCAGGCGUCGUCUUCGGCCACGACUUGACCUCCGAAGCGGCGCUUACCAAGCUCUCGUAUCUGUUCGCGCUGCCGGGGCUGACAGCUGCUGAGGUAGGUCGCCGCAUGUCGCGCUCACUCAGGGGUGAAAUGACGGCCCUCGCAAGCCCCUCGUUCACGCACCCGCAGGGCUUCGCGGACGCCGCCGACCUCAUUGACCACGCGAGCAGCAUGGGCCCCGGGACCUCGACGCCGCGCCCCUUAUCACGCGGCGAAACGACCUUUGCGGAACUCGGAUACGCAAUCCAAGCCGGCGAUCUGCGCACCGUGGCAGAGCUUCUCGACACCGACGCCCUGCACAGCGGAAGCAACAGCGUAGGCCUCCUGCAGCGCGCCGACUACGCCGGGAACACGGCCGUGCAUCUCGCUGCCGUCGGCCCCGAGGCCGCGGUGCUGAGGGAAUUACUCGUGCGCGGCGCCAGCGUGCAUGUGAGGAAUCGCGCGAAUAAUACGCCGCUGUUCCUGGCGGAGAAAAUGGGGAAUCGUGGGUGUGUUGAUUUGUUGGUUGAGGCGGGCGCGGCGCUCUGGGUUGAGGAGAAGAUUGAGGAGGGUGCGAAGGCAGCGUGAGAUAUCUUGGGGAUUAGUAUGGGUUGUGUUACGAGGAUGAUGAUACCUAAGUAUAGAAUCAUGAAUACUUUUGAAUGGCCGUGUGUUCAAGGGUUUAUCGUGAGUUAUUUGGCCGGUAGUGUCGCCUCUUUUGAGGUGGUUUGGUGAGACGGUUUACGCUCAGCCCAGCUCGGUUUCCGGCAGACACCUCAUCUUGUUUGGCUUGGAAUUUAGUCGGAGUUGGGGUGGCUUAGCUGUGCAUUAGCCAUCUUACCUGCAUCACUGCCCAUUUGCGAAUUGAACGCAUGGGGACGGGAGUAGAAUGAUUGCUCGGGUGUGUCUACAAAUUGGAGUCCUGC